AUGUACCCUGCUGCAGCAAGCACGACGCGCCGCCUCACCGUCAGCGAUGAACGGGAGGAAUGCGAUGACGCCCUGGAGCACAUUGGCCUCACCGUCACACGACGCACAUGGGCAACGCAAUUGGUUGGGGCCCAAAAACACGUCGUCCAACCGGGCGCGGGUGGACACAAGAAGAGCGAUCAGAGGAAGAGAAGCAGCAGCAGCAGCAGCGGCAGAAGUGACGCACAAAUGGGGGAUGGGCUUACCGCGACGAUGACGAGUGGCUCCACACCGCCGCAUAGCACACAAACGGUACGGGCUUCACCCAUGAAAACACAUGGCCGACGGCAGAACCGUGAGAUGUCCAUCGAUCUUGUCUGGGGAGAACGCGACGAUAACGACGAGGAAAAAGAAGAAAAAGAAGAAGAGUGUGUCCAUGUUCUGAGGGCGACACCGGCAACUGUUUUGACUCGUGCGCCACGCCCUCCCGAGCGGAACGACGCGUCCUCACCAGCACUUGUGCGCCGUUGUCUCUCCCUUCAUGAGGAUGGUCGACGGAGCGGCACUAUUGCUAAAAAAGCAAUGGCAGCGAAUCAACCGCAACAAACACCAUCCCCUGCGGCUGCGCGUGUGUCCGUCGCAACACCAACGCCUACGCCUUGGAACCGCAUGCCCCCACUGUUGCCGGUGAGAGACCCACCGACGGAAUCUCGAGAAUUAUCCAUGCGGCCGGGUUAUACUCUUCCAAGUCCCAGCACGCCACUAUGGACGGCGUUGGAGGAAGAAGACGAUGAGGAAGAAGGUGGGGCGGUGGUGGAUGUUUUGCGCGACGACUCUAUCGUGCGGCUGCCACUUGGUCGCCGGCCCUUAUCUCUUGCGCAUCACGCGUCCUCGCUGCCGUUAGCCGAGACAAGGGAAUUAACUGACAACAGUGAGGAUGGACGACAAGUACACGGUUCCGAGGGUCAUCGCUCUGCGCCAGCGUUUCAGAAGUCUCAACGUCAGGCGGAAGAGGCGGCGCGAAAAGCGCGUGCGGAUGCAUGGGCGGAGGAGAUGCGGAAGUUUUUUGAACGUAUUGAAGAACGCCCGCUUUUGACUGUGACUAUGGAUGAACAACCAUAG